AUGCAGUUUAAGUAUCCACGAGAACCCACGGGACUUAAAAUUCAUUUGGCCUUUCAACCCAUAGAACUAGAAAGAGAGUUGGCAGAAUUCGAAGCGCAGUUUACUGAGAGCUUAGAUUAUAAAUUCAACAACAAUAGCAUCAAGUUGAUCGGCUACAAGAAGAUCAAAAUCCCUGACCACGAACUCAGUGAAUUUGAAGACCAUUACUUCAACAACCAUGCUGAAUGGAAGAAGAUAAAGUCCGUAUUCUACGAUUCAGGCUCAACUAUACUUCGUGUUUACUUCCCUGUCGAAGCGGCAUUGAUCGAGCACAAUGGCAAAGUUUUCGAAGCCAACCAUCUAGGCGAACUCGAAUUGGAAGAAAUUUCUGGAGACUGUGCUGUAUUAGGAAGAAAACAGACGGAUUAUGUCACCGGAGUCGAGGGCAACGUCAUAAAGGACGGCAUCAUUUACCUGGCUAAUAGAAAUCGACCACAUCAUCAGCUUGGAAAGGUGUACGUGUAUGAUUUCGUGACAGAUUCAAUAUCCAUAAUGGACGUUGCCCGCAUCGUAGGGAUGUUUGUGUCAAUUAUAACGGAUACUGGACGAACUGCCAAAAAUCAGGGUCGAAAAUUAGAAACUUUCCUGGAAGCGAUUGUUACUCUGCACUCGCAAGAGGCCAUUGCUGGAAUGAGAUCAUGUAGCUAG